UUUCCAAAUUUGUCAAAAUCAAACAAUCUUAGAGACCAUCAUCCUUUUUUUAUUUUUAAAAAUUACAAUUUUAAAAUAAAAGAAGUUUAACACUUUAUAGAGUGUUUACUACCGCGAUGUCGAACGUUAACACAGGCGAGCUAUUAGACUUUCAAGAUUACUCGCCUGAACAUAAUCGUUCCGCAAGAAUCGACGUGGAAGCUGUACACACAAAUCAGUAUAAUAACUCCAACACCAGCUACGAUUAUGUGGAACCAAAACCCGUAGAAGACGAUGAUCCACCACCAAAGAGUGGAAAUCAUAACUUCUGGACCAUAGAAUACUAUCAGAAAUAUUUUGAUGUACAUACAGAUGAAGUUAUUGAGAGAAUUAUAUCAUCAGUAUUGCCUCAAAAAGUGUCUCGUAACUACUUUGAUGAGAGAAUCAAAGGUAAACCUGACCUGUAUGGACCCAUUUGGGUAUCUGUGACAUUGAUAUUUACAAUAGCAGUCAGUGGAAACAUUGCCAGUUAUCUCCAAAAUGCAAACAAGGCAAUACAUUGGAAAUAUGAUUUUCAUCUUAUGUCGUAUGCAGCUACUGCAAUUUCAUGCUAUGUGUGGUUGGUCCCUUUGGCCUUAUGGGCAGCCCUUAAGUGGACUAUAACUCCUGAUGUUGACCAAAUUGAGACACAAACAUCAGCAUCACCAUCAAUGAUGUCACUUUUCUGCCUCUACGGUUAUUCCCUGUCAAUAUACAUUCCUGUGGCAAUUUUGUGGACGAUUCAAGUAUCCUGGCUCCAAUGGCUCCUGGUACUUCUGGGCGCUUUUGUAUCUGGAGCUGUUUUGAUUUUCUGGCUUCUACCAGCAUUGAAGAAAUCAAAAUAUUUUUUCAUUUUAGUAGGAUGCAUUUUAGCAUUGCAUUUCUUACUGGCUGCCGGUUUUAUGUUGUAUUUCUUCCAUGUACCAGAAACAGAGCCGAAGGCGGUUAUUGUGACUACUAUUAAACCAUAGAUUAUGUAAUAUUAAUUAUAAUAUGUAUAAGAUUUUUAUUUAUUAAACAGUUACUGUUAGUCGUAAACUUGCAUUCCCAUACUUUAAUUACAAGAUUAAUUUUAAAAAUAUCCAAUUAAUUUUUUUUAAGACAAAUGUGAUACAAAUAAAAGAAUAGGAUUUGGCUUCUUUUUAUAAGGAAAUAACAUUAUAUUUAUAAUCUUACCCUAAAGUACUAAAUAUCUGUAUGUGAAGCUCGGUUAUACAACGUUUGCGUAUUAAAUAAAUUUAUUAGUCUAUUUAAGCCAUAAAAUAUGUAAAAAGGCGAUCUUAAAGCUAGAGCAUUUUAGAGAACUCUUUCGACUCAGUGAUGCCAACUCCUACAGAAUGUUGCCCCUAGGAUCAACUUCAAAUACCCCAAAAUGUUGAAUAAAACCCCUAGUAUUUGCUGUACACUUGGUUUGAAAGGUAAUUUCAAAUAUGAAUUAUAAAUACGUUGAAGUAAAAAAUAGCUGUUGUAAUUAUGUGAAUACAUUUACAUAUUUUAAUCAAACACCGAAUAAUAUUUAUAAAAUAUAAUAACAACGAGGUGAAACUUUUCUUAUUUCUUAACUUUUCUUUCUUACCAGAGAUUUUUUGCGUUUUCGUCAAUUUAAACUUUUAUUUUUGGUAUUUUAAAAAACUAAAUUUGUAUGACAUUUUUUCGUUACGAACUGUCUUUUUAUUACGAACGUAUUCCGUAAGACCUAUUUCUUUGAUUACAAGUACAGUAAACUCCCUUAUAACACAUUUAAAUAUUACGCGAUUUCAGUCACUUUUAUAACGCUGAAUAUAAUAUACUCCAAUAACAGGGUAGCAAAUGUACCGUGUACUUCUUUUGUACUGUAUUAUUAAUAUUUCUGUUUUAAUUUACUCAAUUACUAUUUUUUUACCUUAUAUAAGUUUGACCGUUUCUUAACGUAGUGAUAACUAAAUUAAUUUGUUAAUGACAUUGUUUGUCCUUUCCAUGUACCUACCCUACUCCUAAGUCCUACCUAAACCUUUAAAUAUCAAAUCCCGAUCCUUUUAAGGAUACUCCUAUUCCAACUUGAAUGUUAGUUUAUUUUAAACAUAAUCAGUCUCUGUUAGUUUAACGAAAAAGAGUGUACACGCGUUAGAAAUUAUACUUCUUUGGCG